GGAACAGAAGAAGAAGAUAGCGGUUCAAAGGUCAGGCUGGAAGUACUUCCGGAGCCGCUGGGGUCACAGAGAGGAGGAGAAACCUGAAAUACUACUAAAAUGCUGUUACGAAGGGCGUUGCACAUCGGAGGGUUGACACUGAAACACAGCAGGUCCAUCCAUCACAGUCCAGUAUGGAGAAACCCUCUAAUACCCAUAGUGGUGGAGCAGACGGGGAGAGGAGAACGGGCGUAUGACAUCUACUCUCGCCUCCUCAGAGAGAGAAUCAUUUGCGUAAUGGGUCCUAUCGACGACUCUGUAGCCAGUCUGGUUAUUGCCCAGCUGCUGUUCCUCCAGUCAGAAAGCAACAACAAGCCCAUCCACAUGUACAUCAACAGUCCCGGCGGUGUGGUGACAGCAGGCCUGGCCAUCUAUGACACCAUGCAGUACAUCCUCAAUCCCAUCUCCACCUGGUGUGUCGGUCAGGCAGCCAGCAUGGGCAGCUUGCUCCUGGCAGCAGGAACCUCCGGCAUGAGGCAUUCACUGCCCAACGCCCGCAUCAUGGUCCACCAGCCUUCAGGAGGCGCCAGGGGUCAGGCCACAGACAUCGCCAUCCAGGCCGAGGAGAUCCUGAAGCUGAAGAGACAGAUCAACAACAUCUACGCCAAACACACGGGGCAGCCGCUGGAGACCAUCGAGGGCGUGAUGGAAAGAGACCGCUACAUGAGUCCCAUGGAGGCCCAGGACUUCGGCCUCAUCGACCGGGUCCUGGUCCACCCGCCUCAGGCCGGCCAGGACGAGCCAGAACUGGUGCAGAAAGAACCGGCGGCGGCGGCAGCGAGUCCUUCACCUCAGCCAGAGUCUGCAGCUCCAGAGCAGGCCUCCCCGGGGACAAACCCCCCGUCCUCGUAUAAACCUGAACCAUGAACUGACCACAGCAGAGCAGCCACAGAUCUACAAGCUCCUCCUCAGGUCCUGAGCCUCAGCAGAGUUUCUGUUCUUCAGUAGGACUUUCUUCCUCAUAUUUAACACAUGGAUCAGAUGACAGUGUAGGUUUUAUAGCUCUUCAUUUCUGUGAGAUAAAAGUCAAAGAAACGACUGAAAAGCAAUCAGCAGUCAUCUGAGUUCACACACUGGUUUGUUUAGAGGAGGGGAAGCCCGUUUCCAUGACAACGUCACGUGUUUCUGUAGAGUGAGGAAAGCCUGUAUUUGAUAACUCAUAUUUGUAAUAAAUAUGAUCAUUUUGACCACAAAAUAA